UCGGCGUGUCUUCAGUGGCUAAUAUAGAACAACUGGCGACACAGGAUGGGCUCUUCAAUCAUCGUGUAGAUAGAGGCCGACCCAACAGCACGCCAAGAAGUAACAUUGCGAGCCGCCUCAGGAAAAGGACUGAACGGACUACAACUGCGCAACAGAUAAGUGAGACGCUUCUUCAACAUGUCCACGCCCCAUGCUUCGCAACGUUUAGGAAGCAUGUCGGAGUUCAACCCGAAGGGGGACGAUAUCAAAUCGUAUUUCGAGCGGUUCGAAAAUUUUGUUGACAUAAAUGAGGUUCCAGGAACAAAGAAGUUGAAGCUGUUCCUGAAUGUAGUGGGCGGUCACGCUUAUGAGGAGCUCAAGAAAAUUCUUGUUCCAGAGAGCCCCACCGACAAAACAUUCGAUGAAAUACGGAAGUUGCUUCAAGCCCACUUCAGUCCGGAAUACUCAGUGAUCGCAGAGCGUUGUAAAUUCAAUAGGCGGAUCCAACAAGAAGGAGAGAGUGUCAAAGAUUUUGUCACUGAGUUAAAGCAUCUGGCACGUUACUGCGAAUUCAAAGCAUUCCUGAAUGAUGCCCUGAGGGACCGCCUUGUUGCAGGGCUACGCGAUCAGGAGACACAGAGGCUGCUCUUUGCAACGGAAAGCCUAACAUUUGAGGGCGCAUGCAAAAUCGCGCUUGAAAAAGAACUCGCUGCACGACAGACGAAGGAAUUGCACACCGCAGAGCCCAGAUCAGCUGAAAUAAACGCGGUGCGCGGAAACGCCAAAGAGAAAAGGCAUGUAACUGAAGUAAAAAAAGACAAUGCGUCACAGAAAAGGAGCUUCUGUUAUCGUUGCGGUAAGGGGCACGACCCCGCGAGGUGCUGGUAUCGGAACACGAAAUGCCGAACAUGUGCGAAGACUGGGCACUUGCAGGCCAUGUGUCCGGAAAAGAAAAAGAGCUCGGUACACUACGUUGAAACGUCAGAUGCGGAUUCUAAGGAAUCUCAUAUCUAUCAUGUUGUAAUGUACGCAACAGGGAAGCCGCAUGGCUACGAGGUUUCUUUGAACAUUGAAGGAACGCCAAUUUCAAUGCUCGUGGACACAGGCGCAGCAGUUACCUUAAUGCCCGAAAGAAUCUACAAUGAGCAUUUCGCAGGAACCAAGUGCGAGCCAACGCACGCCUCACUAUGGACCUACACCGGUGAACCGCUAAAACUAAAAGGGGAGGCAGUUGUCAACGUGGAACAUAUGGGUCACAGCGCAGCACUUUCGCUCUUCGUGGUAAAAGACGACGACAAGGCUUUGCCAACGCUACUAGGCCGUGACUGGCUUGAAAAGUUACACCUCGACUGGAGAACUGUUUGCGCUGUCACGGAUGACAGCAGAGUGAAGUUACUACAAGACAAGUUUCCUGAAGUUUUCAGCAGCACGCCUAGGGUAAUAAGAAACUUCGAGGCCAAAGUUGCCAUAAAAGCCGACAGUUCGCCAUGUACUACAAGGCAAGGCCCCAUUCCCUUUGCGAUCAAGGACGCUGUUGUAGAAGAACUGCGCAGAUUGGAGAACAACGGCAUCGUGAGACGAGUGAUGAAGAGUGACUGGGCAACUCCUAUCGUAGUGGUUCCCAAGCGUGGAGGCGGACUCAGAACCUGCGGAGACUAUAAGGUCACGGUAAAUCAAGUUCUCAAGACUGACUGCUAUCCGCUGCCUCUUCCAGAGGAUCUCUAUUCCAUGCUUGCGGGAGGCAGGGUCUUUAGCGUGUUAGACUUGUCUUCAGCCUAUUUGCAGGUACCGCUCUGCAACGAUGCCAAACCUUUACUCACGGUCAACACUCAUCUAGGACUGUUUUGA